AUGGAUGUUGUGUUUGUUGCUAAUACUAUGAUCAUUGUGAGCAUCUGCUCAUUGUUGAUCAAUAAUGUAGUUGCAUCUGAUGUUUCAUAUUCCAGACGAGAAUUGAAGGCAUUGUUGGAUUUUGGAUGGCCUUACAUGAGCUCCACUGCUCAUCACUGCCACUGGAAAGGCAUCACUUGUGAUGAUGAUGGCCGCGUUGCAGAGUUAAGCCUGCAGUCUCAAGUAGGCUGCAAUGAUGAACCUCGGUGUCACGAUCUUGGCCAUUUGGAUCCAUUUGUUUUCACAUCACUCACUAGCAUUCAUCUCAGUUCAUGUGGUCUCUAUGGAGAUAUCCCACCACACAUAGGUUACCUCUCCAACCUCUCUUAUCUUAAUUUGUCUCAUAAUCAUCUUGAAUAUAUACUUCCUCUUUCAUUGGCAAAUCUACGUGAGUUACAUACGCUCGACAUUUCUUAUAAUGAGUUUUCCAGUGUCAUCCCUCGUGAGAUAGGAAACUUAUCAGAACUAACUCAUCUUGAUUUGUCAAACAAUCGACUCGAGGGUGAGUUGCCUCUAUCACUGUCAAAUCUCAUCAAAUUGGAUAUGCUUGAGCUUUCUUACAACCAAUUUUCUGGUGUCAUUCCUGAGAUUGGAAGCUUGUCUGAACUAAGUUAUCUCGACUUGUCUCACAAUCUACUCAAGGGAGAGUUGCCUCUUUCACUUCCAAACCUCACUAAAUUGGAGAUGCUUGACAUUUCUCGCAACAUCUUUACUGGUGUCAUUCCAUCUGGGAUAGCAACCUUAUCUGAACUAACUUACCUCGAUUUGUCUCACAAUCGACUCAAGGGUGUGUUGCCUCUUUCACUCUUAAAUCUGACUAAAUUACAAGUUCUUAAAAUUUCUUCUAAUGACUUUUCCGGUGCCAUUCCACCUGAGAUAGGAUGCUUAGCAAGACUAACUCAUCUCCAUAUGUCUCAAAAUCGAUUCUACAGUGAGUUGCCUAUUUCAGUAGCAAAUCCCACUCAACUACAGAUGCUUAAAAUAUAUCAAAACUUGAUUCAUGGUUCCAUUCCCUCUGAAUUAGGAAACCUCCAAUUGUUGGUUGUUCUUGACUUGAGCAACAAUGGCAUCACUGGUGCCAUUCCCUCUGAAUUAGGAAACCUCCAAUCCUUGGUAGAUCUUGAUUUGAGCAACAAUAGCAUCGCUGGCUCUCUUCCCUCAACUAUCACCCAACUAACAAGACUACGAUUCUUGAAAUUGGAAAUGAAUAGGUUGAAGGUGUUUUUGUAG